UAUUAUUGAACUGAAAUAAAAGGAACUGCACAUUUAUACAUAAUCAACCUAAAAAUAAUUUUUUUAAAGAUUAUUUUAAUUUAAUUUAAUAAUACAGUCAUUAAAAGACUGAUGUUAAUUGUUUAUUAAAAUGAGAAGAGACGUGCUAAGGUUGUAUAAAGAUUUGUUGCGAUACGGCGAUAAUUUGAAGUUUACUCAUAAGAAAUAUUUCAAGUCAAGAGUAAAGCAAGAUUUUUAUGAUAAUUUAGAGUUGAAUAAUCCUAAUGACAUUCAAUUUUGUUUAGAGAAAGGACGUGAAUUAUUAUCCAAGAAAAAAGUCAUCUAGUUUUUUAACUGUUUGUUGGUCAAAAAUGUUUUUAAUAAAUCAAUCGGUCAAAUUAAUAAUAAACAAGCAAUUACGUUAUGUAUCUUAUAAAAAGUACUUAGAUUAUUCACGAGUACCUAAGCUUGACGAGAACGAUUUAGAGGAGCAAUGGGUUAAAGGAAGUGGUCCUGGAGGUUCUUGCGUCAAUAAAUCCAGUAACUGCGUUGUCCUAAAACACAAACCAUCUGGUAUUGUUGUUAAAUGUCAUCAGGUCCGUGAUGUAAUUGAAAAUAGUAAAAGAGCAAGAGAAAUCUUGAUAACAAAACUAGACAACAAAUUGAACGCUGAGUACUCGAUAGAAAACCAAAC